GGAUGGUCCUGUGUCCCCCGCAGGUAUGUCACCCACCUGAUGAAGCGUAUUCAGAGGGGACCCGUCCGAGGCAUCUCCAUCAAACUGCAGGAGGAGGAGAGGGAGAGGAGGGACAACUACGUCCCCGAGGUCUCUGCCCUCGACCAGGAGAUCAUCGAAGUGGACCCGGACACCAAGGAAAUGCUGAAGCUCCUGGACUUCGGCAGCCUGUCCAACCUGCAGGUGACGCAGCCCACGGUGGGGAUGAACUUCAAAACGCCCCGAGGAGCGCUCUGAGUCGAUCGCUGCUGUCCUGUGGUACGCAGCCAGGAGAGGACAACCGUGGUGGCUCCUCAGAGCUUGCCGGAGCUCCUCGCCCUCGGCGCCUCCCAGAUUUGCCUGUGCCUCCUCCAAGUGGGUAACUCUUGGGGGUCACACUGUGCCAGAAUAAAAGCUGCUUUUUAUAACC